UUUGUGAUUCAAAUAACGGCGGGACGCUGUUGUAGAAACAGCCUUUGGUGGAUCUCCUGGGGGCUUCUCUGAGCGCCUUAUUUCACAGACUUUAAAUAUCAUGGAGACAGACAAAUCUAAGAUCCCCGUUUACAUUCCCCAACAGUCCAAAACAACUGGUGUUUUGAAAGAAGUGCAGCCCUGUGAUUAUUCAAAGCAGCACAACCAGAACAAAGGGAUGGACUCACAGCCCCUGAAAGAUCCUGUUUUUACUUUUAGUGCCAACAAUCCUACUUCAUGUGUUGCCCUCAAAGGCCCAAAUCAAAGACUCCCGAAAUCAUGGAAAAAAGGUGCAUUGCCACCCCCUCCCAAGAAAGCAAUGCCAACAACUAUACGAUCCCCUAUGAACAGAUACAGACGGGAGACAGAACUCAAAAACCAAAACAGGUUGCUGGAGAAUGCCAAGAGUGAACUGAGUUUAAAAGUGGUGGAAAUGCAGAAGGAUAUGACAGAUAUGAAGAAUCUGUGCGAUAGUCUUCAAAAAGAAAAUGAGAAGCUGAAAAAAUUUCAGGAAAGCUGCCUCUUGAUAUUAGAAACCAAGAAUUGGGACCAAGUUACAGGUGAACAAAUUUUGGAGGAGGAAGAAACGAACAAGAAGAUAGAAACUGAGAUAACGGUUUUAUCAGACAAACUUAAUGCUGAUCUUGCAUUGUUCAUCCAAACAGCUAAAGAGGAAAAAGAAAAUAUACAGAAUGCUCAGACCAGAUGGAAGCAGAUAGAGGAGGAGAGUACCCAUUUCUUAGAGGAGCAACAGUCUUUUCAGAGAGAAAUGGAAGAGUUGUGUGCUGCCUUAAAUCAGGAAGUUGACUUCUUACACACAUCAGAGACCUAG